AUGUGGCACAAGGAAAUGGCCAUCCUCUCGGCGGCUGCCUCGGCGGUUCUCGCGAGCGUUGACCUCGUAGCUGCCACUGGCGGCAUCGCCAACGUCGAGCACGGCACUACACUCCCCGUGGAAUCUCGUAUCCUCGACCUGCCCGCCAAACCCAAGCGUUCCAUCGGUCCCCACCUCGAAUCCAAGACCUUCCCCCAUGACAACCCCUUCAACAUCACCGAGGAGGAAGCCCGCAAGCACGGCCACAAGAUCAUCCCCGUCGAAAGCGACCUCUGGGACGAGCUUGUCGAGAGCUCCGGCAUCAACAGAGACCACCGCAAGAACGCAUCCCUCUCGAAAAGGGCAAAAUGCGGUAAGAACUGGGACGACGACGACGACCCGCCUAAUCCGACCGACUGGUGCACCCCGAUCAGGAACACCGGGACGUGCAUGCUGGGCCUCUGGGUGAACCGCUUGGUCCCCCACACCGGCCCCAACCGCGGCUGGGUCUUUGACAACACCUGCGAGUGGAUCGGCGAGAACGUACCCGCCGCCUAUUACGACUGGCAGGAGAUCUGCUCCAAGCUCAAGUACGUCACGUUGUUCUUUAUUAACCCGGAUCGAUGGCCUUACAUGGCCUACGCCGGCCACUACUACAGCAGCUGGGACGCCGGCUGGGAGCUUUACUAUCCCGGUGGGAAGGAGGGCACCCGGCACCCCCCAAGAUACUACUACCGCCGCUACUUCAACUGCUCGGCCACUUAG